AUUAAACAAAGAAAAUUGUCUCCCGGCUAAUCGGCUAUAUAAGUAGCAAAUCCUACUCAUUCAACUUGCACUGGAUAAACCCUGAUAAUCCACUGAAGUUAUCAGUUAAACUUGUAUUUCACUAAUCAUAAAAAUUCAAGAUGGUGGAUGUGUUGGAUCAUGAGCUGGAGAAGGAACUGAAACAGUUCGACGAAACCAAAGCUGGUGUGAAAGGGCUUGUAGAUUCUGGGGUGACCAAGCUCCCAAGAAUGUUCAAACACCCUCCGGAGUGUCUACCAUCCCCGAACCAAAACAAUGGAAUUCACGACCUGCAAGUUCCUGUCAUCGAUCUCAAAGAUGCGGAGAACAACGAAAGGAGAAGCGAAAUCAUCAGUAACCUCCGCAAAGCAGCUGAAGAAUGGGGUUUCUUUCAAAUUGUGAAUCAUCCCAUUCCACUUGACGUCAUGGAUGAUGUGCUGAAAGGUGUUCGGCGGUUUCAUGAGCAGCCCCAGGAAGCCAAGGAGGAGUGGUAUUCGCGUGAUUUCACGAAGAAGGUCAACUUCUUCUGCAAUGGAGAAUUGAAGGUAGACACUCCAGCUGACUGGAGAGACACCUUGUCAUGCAAGGUCCUCGAAGAUGAACGCAACUUUGAAGAAAUCCCUGAAGUCUGCAGAACGGAAAUACGUGAGUAUAUGAAGUACAUCGUUCAAGUGAAGGAGAAGCUAUCCGGAUUAUUUUCGGAAGCUUUAGGCCUAAGCAGUGAUUACCUUGAAAAUCUAAGGUGCUUCAAAUCUAGGUCAUUGGCAUGCCACUACUACCCGGUAUGCCCGGAGCCCCAUUUAACCCUAGGAGGAACCAAACACUCCGAUCUCGGCUUUCUAACCUUGCUCUUGCAAGAUAGUGCUGGCCUACAAGUUCUUCAUCAAAAUAUUUGGAUUGAUGUUCCCCCAGUGGAGGGAGCUUUGCUCAUCAAUCUUGCCGACAUGUUGCAGUUUAUUACUAAUGGCAACUUCAAGAGUGUACAGCACAGAGUACUGAUGCCACUGUCGACCCUCGAGCCCCGUACGUCAAUUGCAUGUUUUGUUGGCACCGACGACCUCCAAAAACCAUACGGUCCGUUAAAGGAGCUCAUCUCCGAAAACAAUCCGGCAAAAUACGAAGAUGUCUGUUUUGGAGAAUACAUGAAACGUUAUAAACUUUAGAUUUGAAGGGAUAAGAUGGUAACUUUGUGCUUCCUUGUUUCAGAAUUGCACUGAGCCUAAUUGCUAGUUAUGUUGAAACUUGGAAGAGUUUUGGUUAUGUUGGUAUGCUUGAUUUCACUUUUAUUCGGCUCUUUUGGUAUUAAAGUGAUUCACCUUUUCUGAAGUUUGGAGUUUGAUCUGCUGAUCAUUUCCUCUGUUCCGAUGUAAUAAAGCGUUACAUAUGUAUGUUGACAAUUCCUAAUAAGAACAUUCCGAGUUUGGAUCCC